AAGUCAACUGUUUUACGAAAAGAAAAUGAACUAGAAGAAUAAGAUCUCGUCGGUGGUACCCCAAGGUACAAACUCGAUAUCUCGUCGCACUUCCUUGCCUCCAAUGCCAGCUAACCAGCACCGCCUUCCGCGCUUCACCUCCGACGACCCAUGGCGGUGGUGGCGUCAAUUGUCGCAGAGGGAGGUGACAAUGGCCACUGCCGCGGCCGCAAUUGUUUUUUUCCUCCUCGUCCUCUAUCCGUUUCCAAAAACCUCGCGCACAUUUGGAGGUACAUCAGAGCCAGAUUCAGAGUGGGUGCCUUUCACGCCUCUUUCCAAAGCGCAGCAAAAUUCUGCGUUUUGUUUGGAUGGGAGUUUGCCUGGUUAUCAUCUAAAGAGAGGAUUUGGAUCGGGCUCCGACAGUUGGCUAAUUCACGUCGAGGGUGGAGGAUGGUGUAGCAAUAUAACAUCUUGUUCGGAUCGGAAGAAAACAAAAUUAGGUUCAUCAACUUAUAUGGACAAACAAGAUCAGUUUUUGGGAAUCUUGAGCCAUCAUCCAGUUCAAAAUCCUGAUUUUUUCAACUGGAACAAGGUGAAAGUAAGGUAUUGUGAUGGAUCAUCAUUUUCCAGCCGUCCUGAUACUGAGUUCCAUAACGGAACAGAACUCUUCUUCAGAGGUCAGCUUAUCUGGGACACACUUAUGGAUGAGCUUUUGACAAUUGGAAUGUCUAAAGCUAGACAGGCCCUUCUCACAGGAUGCUCUGCUGGUGGUUUGGCCAUUCUCAUACACUGUGAUGAUUUCCGAGAUCUUCUUCCAAAAGAUACAGAUGUGAAGUGUCUGGCAGAUGCAGGUUUUUUCCCUAAUGAGAAAGAUAUUGUUGGAAAUCACAGCAUCGAAUCAUUUUAUCAUGAUGUUGUUCAUCUCCAGGGCAUUGCAAAAAGUUUAAACCAUGAUUGUGUUGCCAGAUCUGGCGAGCCCUCUAAGUGUUUCUUCCCUCAGGAAUUUAUAGGAAAUAUAAAGACCCCUGUCUUCCUUGUUCAACCAGCAUAUGAUUUUUGGCAGAUAGAAAACAUCUAUGUGCCUAAAUCGUCGGAUCCCCAAGGCAGUUGGCGCAAGUGCAGGCUAAAUAUAUUUAAUUGCAACUCCAACCAGCUAGAAGUGCUCCAUGGUUACAGAAAUUCAUUGCUCAGGACACUAGAUGGAUUUCAGAAUAAACCAAAAUGGGGGAUGUUUAUUAAUUCCUGUUUUAUCCAUUGCCAGACAUGGGCAGCUGGGACAUGGCAUUCACCCACAUCUCCCAGAAUCAACAACAAAACAGUUGCAGAAACAGUAGGUGAUUGGUACUUCGAAAGAGAAUCAGCAAUAAGAGUUGACUGUCCUUUCCCCUGCAACCCUACUUGCUAUAACAAAGAUCUCUCAGCUGGGUGAGAAUUACUCCCAGGAUUACAUUAGAGAUGCUAUUAUCUCGUCUCUCCUCACAGCAAAUGUUUAGCUGGUUGAAUUGAUUUUCAAGUAUGAGCCGUGACUGGGACCAGUUAUGGAAGAAUAGGUUACUCUCCCCUUGUCCAACUUCUUCAACACUCAAAGGAUGACAGGGUCGAGCACUGUAAGUUCGUUUUGGUAAAUCAUGGUAUUGAAAUAUGAAACUUGCUGAUCAUCAUUCAUCUUUCUUUAAAAAUGAGAAAAUGCAUUUUUUUACUACAUUUCUAGAUCAGAUUUGUUUAUGUGGAAGAUAUAUAAAAUUGUCAAUUACUGUAUUAGUACAUUUCUAGAUCAGAUUUGUUUUGUAGACUUGAUAAGAUCAAACAGAGUGUAACCACUUUCCCACAUGCAGCAUGACUUUGGAAUUUC